AUGCCCAGAUUCAAUUCUUCCAUCGCCAUCACUGAGAUCAUCUCACGUAGUACUCCUAGCUACACUUCUUUAAUCGCCACCACCGAGGCACCCUCACACAGUACUCCCAGCUUCACUUCUUCAAUCACCGUCACGGAGACCACCUCACACCAUACUCCUAGCUUCAAUUCUGUGAUUGCCACCUCCGAGACCAACUCACACAGUGCUCCUAGCUUCAGUUCUUUGAUUGCCAACACCGAGACCACCUCACACAGUACUCCCAGCUUCACUUCUUUGAUCACCACCACCGAGCCCGCAUCCUAUAGUACUUCUAGCUUCAGUUCUUUGAUCACCAUGACCAGGACCACAUCUCAGAGUACUCCCAGCUUGACCUCUUCCAUCACCACAGCUGAGACCAUCUCAUACAGUAGUCCCAGCUUCCCUUCUUUAAUCACUAUCACUAAGUCCACAUCCCACAGUACUGCCAGCUUCAGUUCUUCAAUCACCACCACUGAGACGAACUUACACAGUACUCCCAGCUUCGCUUCUUCAACCACCACCACCGAAACUGCCUCACACAGUACUCCCAGCUUCACUUCUUCAAUCACCACAACCAAGGCCACCUCACACAGUACUCCCAGCUUCACUUCUUCAAUCACCGCCACGGAGACCACCUCACACCAUACUCCCAGCUUCAAUUCUGUGAUUGCCACCUCCGAGACCAACUCACACAGUGCUCCUAGCUUCAGUUCUUUGAUUGCCAACACCGAGACCACCUCACACAGUACUCCCAGCUUCACUUCUCUGAUUGCCACCACUGAGACCACCUCACGGAGUACUCCCAGCUACACUUCUGCAAUCACCACCACCGAGACCACCUCACACAGAACUCCCAGCUUCACUUCUUCAAUCGCCACUGAGUCCACAUCCCCCAGUACUGCCAUCUUCACUUCUUCCAUCACCACCACCGAGACCACCUCCAACAGUACUGCCAGCUUGACUUCUUCAAUGACCACCACUGAGACCACCUCACACAGUACUCCCAGCUUCACUUCUUUGAUCAUCACCACUGAGACAACAUCCCACAGUACCCCCAGCUUGACUUCUUUGAUCACCAGCACCGAGACCACAUCCCACAGUACUCCCAGCUUGACUUCUUUGAUCACCACCACUGAGACUACAUCACACAGUACUCCCAGCUUCACUUCUUCAAUUGCCACCACUGAGAGCACGUCACACAGUAAUCCCAGCUUCACUUCAUCAAUCACCAGUACCAAGAGCAUCUCACACAGUACUCCUAGCUUCAGUUCUUUGAUCACCACCACGGAGACAACCUCACAGAGUUCUUCCAGCUUAAGUUCUUUGAUCACCACCACCAAGUACACCCCAUACAAUCCUCCGAGCUUCACUUCUGCGAUCACCGCCACAGGGAUCACCUCACACAACCACCUCAACCAGUCCUCCCAGAUUCACCUCUGCGAUCACCACCACCGAGACCACCUCACACAGUACUCCCAGGUUCACUUCUGCGAUUGCCAGCACCAAAAUCACUUCACAGAGUACUCCCAGUUUGACUUCUCUGAUCACCACCACCGGGACCAGCUCGCACAGUACCCUGGGCUUAAGUUCUUCGAUUGCCACCACUGA